CGACGGCCAUCUUUGAUGAGGGCACAGCUCCCAUUCCAUUGAAGAAGAGGACUCGAGGAGGUCAGGAACGGCUGUUCUUACCUCCCAGCUGCAGCAGCAAACCUCAGUCUCAGAACCCUCCGCAGAGGCAACCGAACAGAACUCUUGAGGCACCGAGGCUUGCAGGCAAGGCAAAGGAAACCUCUUGACCCAAAGGCCCUGCCAACACACUCUCAGCCAAAAUGGCAGAAGAUGCUGAUAUGCGCAAUGAGCUGGAAGAAAUGCAGCAGCGUGCUGACCAGAUGACUGAUGAGUCACUCGAAAGCACACGUCGUAUGCUGCAGCUUGUUGAGGAGAGCAAAGAUGCUGGUAUCAGAACUUUGGUUAUGUUGGAUGAGCAAGGAGAACAACUGGAACGCAUCGAAGAGGGAAUGGACCAAAUCAAUAAGGACAUGAAAGAAGCAGAAAAGAAUUUGACGGACCUAGGAAAAUUCUGUGGUCUUUGUGCCUGUCCAUGUAACAAGCUUAAAUCAAGUGAUGCUUAUAAAAAAGCCUGGGGCAAUAAUCAAGAUGGGGUUGUAGCCAGCCAGCCUGCACGUGUUGUGGAUGAACGAGAACAGAUGGCCAUCAGCGGUGGAUUUAUCCGCAGGGUAACAAAUGAUGCCCGAGAAGGUGAGAUGGAUGAAAACCUGGAACAGGUCGGCGGCAUCAUUGGAAAUCUCCGUCACAUGGCCCUGGAUAUGGGCAAUGAGAUUGACACACAGAACCGCCAAAUUGACAGGAUCAUGGAGAAGGCUGUUUCCAACAAAACCAGGAUUGAUGAGGCCAAUCAACGUGCAACAAAGAUGCUGGGGAGCGGUUAAAUGCAGCAGAGUACAGAUCCUUCUUAACACUGUCCCCGAGGGCAGCACUUUCAUGCUUUUGUCAUGGUAUUUACCGACUAGGUUUGCACACAUGCACAUAUCAACCCCUCUUCUGCCCCCCUUGUAAAUGUUGUCCUGUGUAGGUUGUCAGCUUUCCAAAAAUGAUACUUGUAAAUUAUUUUUAUUUUCCAGAUCUCUUUUUUUCCAAAGGUUGUAUAUAGUACUGAUUUGAUGGCUGUCACUCAUGAUGGCAUUUGGUUGUUUGUUGGGUUUUUUUCUUUCUUUCCAUCUGUCUGUCUGUUUUGGUUGAUGGGUUUUUGGUUUUUUUUAAGAAACUUUAUUAUGUUUUGCUGAAUGACAAAAAAAAUGUAGGAAUGCUCAACGUGCUGUUAAACUUUUAACUAUACAGUAUUGUUCUUGUAAAACUGUUAACAUUCCACAGAGCUACUACCAGAAGUCUUUUCUUUGGGUGUCAUGUUGUUUAAGCACUUAAGAAUUUGGUGUUCUCUCAGUUCUCCAUUGCUGUCAUCAGUUGUUAUGAGUUCAUGAUUAGACAAUGUGGAAUUAUAUAACUUAUAACAAGCAUUGCACUAAAACAAAAAAAAAGUGACGUGAUUUAUGCAUUUAUUGCAUGAGAAAUAGACUUUUAGACUCCUUAACUUAAGUGAGACCUUUCCAUGGCAGUAGCAACAUCGACGACAAAAGAAAAUUAACAAUUCGCAUGCUCGGUAUUGGAACACUGUCAGGACUAUGUUAUACCAGCAAGUUUGCAGUAGUGCCACUUUAUUUCUUCUUGUCAAUAUAUAUAUAUAUAUAUAUAUAUAAAAAAUAUAAAUAUAUAUAGUUAUGAGCCAUGUUCAUUUCUUUUCUUUUCUUUUUUCUAAUUUUAAUUUCAAAAGAGAUGGAUUUGGCACUCACCAUUUAACCAUUGCCAGCAAAUUAAAUGUUUGGCUGAAACUAUGUCAAGGAGAAAACAAAUAAGAAAUAGGUGUAAUAUAUACCGUUUUGUCUGCUGCUUUCAAAGACUGUCUUUUUGAGGGGGGGUGGGGGAAUGGCUACCAUAUGAAAUGUUGCAGAGAAAUGUAAUUUUUAUAAGGCUCUCUCUCUCUCUUUCUAGCUGCUCUCUCUCCCCCCCUCCUUUCUCUCCCUAUGUGGUUUGUUAUUGGUACAGUUCUCUGUUGCUUACCUAGAGCUAUGCACACCAAAAUCACUGCGAUGUUUAGUAGCUGAGUUAUUAAUUAAAAAACAAAAUAAAAAAUAAAAAAUAACCUACAAGAAUGAAAUCUAGAUAAAACUGUGAGAUUAAAUAUAGUUGCCGCAUGUAAUAUGGAAUUCCUUCUGUCUCCUGUCCGUUCGUGACGUGAUUGACAUUUUGUAGCUAGUUUAAAAAUAUUAAAAAUUAUAGACCUCA